UCUAUACUCAAUUGAUUUUGACUGCGCGAUUAUUGCGUCAUCGCCAUGCGCCGGGACGGGUCUGCUGUGAAAACACAUUGGUUUUACUCGAAGUAGUGCCCUUGACAGAUAAUGUGGUGUUGGAGCGUUUCGGAUUUUUAAGUGCCUUCCUUUAGCUAUGUCUACAACCUCCAAGGUGGUGUUAGGGAUUUCUCUAGCUCUGACUCUGGGAACGGUGGCGGGAGUUCACAUCAAACAAAGUCUGGAUCGAGAGAGACUUCGGGAGGGUGUUGUCCGGGACCUGGAGCGGCAGGCCAGGAAAAGGGAGAACCUGCGGCAACUGGAAGAGCAGAUCAGUCUGACCAGGGAGCUGGAGAAGGAGCGGGAGAGGAGAGCUGCAGGCGCUCAGGGCUCCUAGACUGGCAGGCCAC